UUGAUAUGGCUGUUCGUGUUCUGUUUUCUGCAAUUGUCAAGUUUAAUGGUGUGCUGUGCAGUUGUUUUUCUAUUGUCGAAAUACAUCCUUCAAUCAUUAAUAACGCUUGGUUGUGAACCUAAGAGGACAAUAUACUGGCGUGAAACACAUGUGUAAAUGCGAUAAUUGUAGCUUUUUGACGUAUUUGAUUCUGCAAGACCACCCAUCUCGACAAUGGCAGGAGGUUGGAUUAACUACGUACUAGACUGACAAAACAUUUUCUGACUUCUAUGCUCACAAACCACUCCUUAUUCCAAGGUAUAUGUGAUCUUUUCCUUUUGAAAUUUUGAUAUGGUUUAAAGACAUGAAUUUGUUGACUUCCAUACACGUGAAUUUUCACUCAUGCCUUAUUAGCUUGUGCUUUGGCCACAACGUCUUAGGCCAAUAUUAUUGAGAAAAUAAUGGGCCAAAGAAUAAGUGACCUUAAAGGAAUAUUUGGAACAAUGGAAGUAAAAGAAGUGAAUGAUAUUGUCUCUGGAAGCAACUCCACUUGCUAUGCUAAUAGUGGGAAUACAACUGAACAGAAUAAUCUGUCUCAUGAUAACAAUGGGAAUAACCAAGCUAAUUUUGGUGUUGAUGAUCAUUUUGAAAACAUAUAUAGCAACAAUUCAGAGAGUACUAGACAUUCAGAAGAUAACGGCAACUCAAUUUUACCAGAGCUGAGACCGUCUACAGCUGGCCUAGGUUUACCAGCCAAUUUCGUCAACCAAAAUUCCUCAGAAGCGUCUGCUGCUGCUGUAUUAUCUGUUUCACAAGAUGGACAGGCCUGUUCAAUCAGCAAUGAUUUGAAGUUAUGUUCUAAAGCCAUGAGACACAACGGGACACAGAAAUGUAUUGGCGUUUCCAAAGAUGUUUCUGGUGGCAGCAGUAAAAAGAAAAGGCACCAUUCAUGGGUUUUAAGAUUUAACUGUGCUAGACUUAAAAGCGGAAGUAGUAGUAGUGCUGCUGGGUCCGAAAACGAUAUUGCAGAACCUAAUAUGGGCUGUGACUCAUGUGUUUGCACAGGUUACAGACGAACUGAAGACCACCAUUUGGGCGCAGGUGUUGUUUUUGGCUCAACUUCCCUUCAACAAAGAAAAAAUGAGUCUACGGUGAAUAGCGAUUCUAGUAGUGGAGAAGAAGAAAGAGAUUGUUUUUUAAGAACACGUCCAGUUAUUGAUCUAUCAAAAUUCAACCCAGAAGAUUAUCCUAUAGAAGAUUGCGAUGAAAGAGCAAGACUUGAACGAGCUCGUGAAAUUGCUGAGGGAGUCGACCCUCCUCCUGGAUUCCGCCCUGCACCGCAUAUCCAAGUUGUCAUUCCUCCAGAACUCACAGUUGACAAUAUCACUGCUUUAUUUCAAUCAGCAGCGCUAUCUGCACUAUCACAGCUGGAUGUUACACAAAGAGUUGUCCAUACUCAAGUUGAUUAUAUUCACUGUCUAGUGCCUGACCUAUUACAAAUUACAUCUUGCUCCUUCUAUUGGGGUAAAAUGGACAGGUAUGAAGCAGAAAGGUUACUUGAAGGUAGACCAGAAGGUACAUUUCUGUUACGGGAUUCUGCACAAGAAGAGUAUCUUUUUUCAGUUAGUUUUCGUAAAUACGGGCGAUCAUUACAUGCUCGCAUUGAACAAUGGAAUCAUAGGUUCAGCUUUGAUUCUCAUGAUCCUGGAGUUUUUGCAUCAUCUACAGUAUGUGGUCUCAUAGAACACUACAAGGACCCAUCCUGUUGCAUGUUUUUUGAGCCUAUGUUAACAAUCCCUCUUCAUCGGAACUUUCCUUUUCCUCUACAGCAUCUUUGUAGGGCUGUUAUUUGUAGUAAAGCGACAUAUGAUGGUGUGUCUCAACUACGUCUACCCAAAAGUCUCAAGAGUUAUCUGAAAGAAUACCACUACAAGCAAAGAGUGAGAGUGCGACGUUUUGACUCUGAACAAUACUAACUUGGUCAUAACUAGAUCUAGUUGUGAGCUGCAGCACAUGUUCCAGAGGUACUUUACUCCUUUACUAGGCCUGGAAAUCAUUACUGGAAUCACAGUGAGUCAUUAUAGUCCAAGUGUUUUCUGACCAAUGAGAAAAAAAAAAACUGUUAGGCCUUAUUUUAAUGCUUUUAACCUAGUGGCUACUGUACUAGGCCUAUAGGGCCUAGUUGAAAUGUCUGAGUCAGUAUAUUUUUACAUCAAGAUGUUGAAAGGAGGUAGUGCACUAGCAAGGGUGCUUGUAGUCAUGCAGAAUUAAUUUAAAACAAUGAACUCUCCACUUUUGAAAAUUAAGGAAAUACCUAUACCUCAAUAUUUUAGUGGACAAUGUGCUUGCCUGAUAACAGAAGGUUACUGGUUUGACACCGAUAACAGUUCGGCAGAUUUAUGAUGGUUUAUUCUUCGAAAUCCAAGCUGAAUUUGUUUCAAAUAGGACUAAGUAAGAAAAAGUCAGUUUUUAAUUUACUGUUUUAACCUAAAACUAUUUGUCUUAUGAGAUGUCUUGUGGUGUGACUUUAUUACUGAAAGCAGCAUGAGGCAUCACCCCUAAAUUAAAAUAAAUUAUAUAUUUUGUCCCUAAUUGCUUUCAUUGUUAUAGUCGUAAUCAAUUAAAUACAGUGAUGUCAGGAUUGUCAAACAGAGAAACAUAGUUAGGGCUAUGAUUAAUUAAAAUUCAAAAAUAUUAGGCUAAAAUACAAUGUAAACACUUUUUGUGAUUUGUCAUUAGGCCCAUAUAACUUAGUGUAUUCUAGUUUGAAAAUUGUAUCCCUAUAGUUAAGUCCCUAAGCACAAUUUUUACCGUGCCAUUUGAUGUGCGAGUAACUUUACUGAAGGCACCCUUGUUAGUAAAUUACUUUUCUUAAUUUGAAACUAAAUGAUGAUCCUUUAGAGUGCGGCUGGCUGAAGGGUCGGUACUACUCACAUACAGGUCUCAUACACACACCUCGUCUAACAUAUACAGCUCGUGACAUCUAAGCUGGCACUUGGCCUAGCGCGGGCAGUGUAGGCAGGGUAGGGUAGAGGGUGGAGGUAGGGAAAAGACCGGACUGCAAACAUUUCCGCUGUCUCACGGGGUUGACUCCCCUUGUAUUAUGUACUUGAGCGCCUUCAUAUGGUUGGCGAGGACAAUUGAUGCAACCCGCAUGACGGGACAUAAUGUUUUUGAACUAGCUACUAGUAGCGAUCGGCCAAGUGCCAGCAUAGAUGUCAUGAGCUGUACAAGGGAUUAGGACGGAUCAUUGAGGGUGAGUCGAGUCCCUCGCACUUUGGUCAGGGCACACUCCCUGAGCUAACAGUGUAUAUACUGGCACACAUUUCUUUAAACAUUAUAAAAAUCAAAUAGGGUUUAGUCGUGUGAUUUUAUGAUUAUUUUUAAGCACCAACUUUGGUAUUUCGAGGUAUUCACCUGUAUCACUUGGUCAUUUUGGAUUCUGGCUUAUGUUUGCAAGGGAAUGAAAUCGGUUGGUGAUUUGAAAAUUAUACAUGGGUAGAAGAAAAUGCAUCCAUUUUGGGUUUAGUGUAUUAGUAAGCAAAUGGGCUUAAAUGUGAUCAAGUUAUUUAAACUACAAAUAAUCAAGAAUACUCUCUGAUCUGUUCCAAUUAAAACAGAUGUAGGCUAUAGUUAGCAGAUAAACGCUAUCACAAAAGGGAAUUGUUAACAUAACAUAUGACCAAACAAAAGAAAAUGUUUAUAUUUAAUUGGUGAUAAACUAGCUGAUUCAUUUGUUGUUUUUCAUAUUUAUUCUUAUUAUGGUUUUAUUUUAUUGACGUGUUGAAUCACAUUUUGUGAAUUAGUCUUUGAAUCAAACUUGUGUUGUUUGCAUAAAGUAGCAAGGUUUUAUUCUUCAAUCAGCUUAUUUCUUAAUAUUUUGUUAGUUUAGACAGAAAAAUCUUUAAACUCUUAACUUAUUUGCUUUAAUAUUUGUCUACGGUAUUAGCUUGCUUGUAAGUUGCAUUAAAAAUGUACAUCCUUAGUAAUUGCCAUAAAUAAAGGCCUAUUUAAAAAGGUUAUUAAGAUAGAAUAAGCGUAGAAAGUUUUAACUAGGCCUAUUUAAUUUUAAUAUUAUUGUGUUUGUAUUCAUUUAUACUCUCGCUGAUAUGUUUUAAAUUAUUUUAUGAUACAUUUUUAAACCCUGAAUUUAAAAAAAGAACUAUUUUUGUAUUUUUAUAUAGGCUGAUUUUAAUAUUAUUAUUGUGUAGGCCUAUGCCGGUAGGUAUUGUGACAUUGAAACAUGUAUGAUUAAUAUUUGUGUACAGGGUGUUUUUUUUUAACUUGGGUAACUAAAAAUAUAAGUAGGUACAGAGGCAUUGUUUGGAGAAAAAAAGAAGCUCUUAUGUUGGCAGCCCUGCUUCCUCUAGCCUACUUUGUUACCAAUCAUUUUGAUAUGCUGAUUUGCUUGGUUAUCCACACAGUUUAGUGUUGUUAGGAAUCAAUUUUGAAUAAGCUUUUGAACACAUUUUUCUCUAAAACUCAACCCAUGUUCUUUAACUAGGAUAAAAUAAUAUUAAAAAAUAAAUAUUACAUUAUUGAUUUUUAUAGUUUAUAACCCGUAGUUUAUGCAUUACGUACUAGAAUCUCACCUAAAACUUAUUGAUAAAAUUUCCCAACAUAAAACAAAUGAUUUACUUUAAUGUAUUCUUCUACAAUACAAAUACUCUUUAAGCUUGUGAGAGUACCAUGUUGAGUCUUAUUCAUAAUAAAUUCUUAAUUAUUCUAAACCACAGAGGAGUUAUAUACAAAGGAUACAAGCUUAUGGGACAACUGUGCGCUUUUAGUUCUGGUAUAUUGGGCCGGAAAUGUACUUUGGAAGGACAAGCAAGGAAAAGCCUGAACGGCGAUGGCCACAUAGCAUUGUUGUACAGCUCUUGUAGCGCACAGUGCUUCCUUCAACGUUAGCACUGUAUUAAAUCAUUGCGAGAGGGAAAGGAGAGCGGGAGGGGACAACGAAUAGAAUUUGCUCUUGACACCAGCUUACGUGUACAAUUGAAUUUAUCCUCUGUUUCUUUCUUCUAUGUGGCUAAACCAUGUAAAAGGCAUAUCAGCUAAUGGGCAAUGAAGUAAGAGUAGCAGGGCUACCAACAUAUGUGAGCUUGAUUUGUCCAUAAACUUUACGGUUUACGUACAAUCUCAGUACCGUACUUUAAUUUGGGUUACAUUUAAAAAAAACACUGUAUAUAGUUGUAAUGUUAUUUAAAAUAAUUAUACCAAGUCUGUUGAAUUAUUUCUUGUGACCUAUGCAAAAAGUAUUAUGUGUUUAUGUGUAUUUUUAUAUUUCAGAUUCUUUAAAUAGGCUACACACUUCAUGUUAGACUAAGCUUGGAAUGAUACUGAUGUCCUGUCAAUAUGUCACAAUCUAACCUUUGGUUUUCCUUUUAUUUGUGACAAAUCUUACAAUAUUGGAAAAUAAAGAAUGGGAUCUAAUGUUUGUUAACUGUCAAAAUACCUCGUUGAAAGCAUACAUUUCUUUUCUGACAACAAUUAAAUUAAUUAACUUAAAGCUUGUAUCAACCCUUUAAGCUGGAGAAUUCAACAAAAAAAGAGAAACCAGUUUCUUCCUUCUAUAAACUCAUUUAAAAGAAACAAACCAGGCUUUGCGUGCAACCCCUAUACCAAAAACAUCAAGAUUUUAAUAUUGUUGUUCAUGUUUGAGACGUUAAUGAUGACAUUAUGGUAUACAUACAAAAACUUUGUUUUAAAGAAUAACGCUGAUGUCACGACAUAUGAGUGGAACGGGAUGUCGCAGCCACCGCCACCUACAAGUGGAAAGGGCCAGUAAGAGAUGUUUAAUAGUUAAAGAAAUUACUUGACCAUCCCUUAAAUUAUUGACCAUACAUGGCCUCAAAUGUUUAUUUUUUAAAUGAAAAUAAAAUACUUUUUCAAUGUUAGUUUGAAGUAUUGAACUGAAUUUAGGUUUAAUUAUUUUCACCCGUAACUUCACAGUUUUGCUUAGUGAAGUUUUGUAAUGAUACAGUUUUUAGUUUCAAAUAUUGUAUGGUUUGUUGACAAUAAGAAUCAGGGUCAGGAGCUGGCAUAGCUCAGAACAUUAAAACUCAACAUUUUCUAUCUGUACUUUUUCUGAUACAGCUGUUUGUAUAACUUUUUUUAGUCACAGUUUGUGGAAAAAACUCUGAUGUUAAACAAUAAGUGACUCCAAUGUUUUUUUAAAAAUCUUGUUUUACUAUUGUACAAAGAAGUAAGGAAUAGAUUAUACACUUCAUGGUACAAUUAAAAGGUGUCUAGCACUAGUGCUGGUGUCUAGGGCAAAGUCCAACACCGUCCCCUCACCCUCGUCCCUACUACAACGUUCACGGUGGAGAAAGACCCUGUACCUUGUGCGAUAGGAAUUUCCGCAGUGUUGAAAGUUCACCAUUGUUCCAUAAGCGUGUUUCCUCUGUACCUUACUUUUAUGUGCUGGUUGUGCCUAGAAAGGCUUGUGACUCCAGUGUGAUUUUUGGAGAAAGUAAGUGAUAUACAAUUUACAUCUUAAGAGUUCUGAGCUGUGCAGUUUCUCACAUGAUAUCUUUCUGUCUCUUAUAGUAGUUAAAAGUUUAGUUGUUGACAUUAAUGACACUAAAAAUUACAUAAUAAUCAAUGUAAACAAAGAGCAAGAGCACCUAUACUGUAUUAUAGCUGUAUAUAACAUUAUAUUGUAAGCAUAAAGUAUUAUAACUGGUAUAUAAAUAUAUUAUUUGUUAUGAGUUUAUUAAAUGUAUCGAUAUGUAUUCAAACAGUACUUUGCAAUGACAAAGUUCCUAUCCUGUUUUGAAUAAUAUUAAUGUUAGGUGGGGACAUUGCACUUUGUAUUUUAAUUACGAUGUAUACAAAUAUUUGUAAAAUAAAUUAAAGCGGUCCAUGUAUAAAAUGUUCACUAUUGUAUAAUGCAAUGUAUCGCUUUAUGUAUUAUAAAUCAAAUGCGGAUUUGAGAAGCUGGUGGGUUGAUGCUGACACUGUGCUUUGAUGACUUAAAUGUCUUAUUUAUGUUAAUGAUGUAAUAUUUUUGUUAAUAAAUAAUUACUGUUUGUAA